AUGGGAGCAAGGAAACCACAAAGAAGAACAGGCAAGAAACCAAACCUCAUCCAGUCUAAAUUACAAGUCAAUGACGGUUCGAAAUCGAAUAAACUGGUCAAGUGUGAUAAAUGUGAGAUGUCAUAUUCUUCCACAUCAAUAGAAGACCGUGCCAUUCACGAGAAAUACCACAGUUUACACCUCCAUGGACGUAAAUGGUCGCCAAAUUGGGGUUCUAUAAUAUACACGAAGCAGAACCACUCAAGGACGGUGCACCUAUCAAGAUCAACGGGGACGAUAACACCAUUAAAUUCAUCGCCUUUAAAAAAAGGUGGCCCACCUAUCACGCAUCAUGAGGAAAAGAUUGUGUCUGUGAGACCAGAUAAAUCCAACGGCGAAGUCCGUGCCAUGAUGGAGAUAAUGACGCUGGUGAACAAUGAACUGAAUGCGCCACACGAUGAAAAUGACAUUUGGAACAAUACUACAGAAGAGAAAGGCAAGGCGUUCGUAUACAUAAAGAAUAACAGGGCAAUUGGAAUAAUAAUCAUAGAGAACCUGUAUGGGGGCGACGGAAAAAUAUCCGAUCGUGGACGUUGGAUGGUCUACGACUCUAGAAGAUUGGUACAGAAUGUAUACCCUGAUUUCAAGAUUGGUAUAUCGAGAAUUUGGGUAUGUAAGACAGCGAGGAACUUGGGGAUCGCAACCAAAUUGGUCGACACUGCGAGGGAGAAUAUUGUGUAUGGAGAAGUUAUUCCUAGGUAUCAGGUGGCGUGGUCGCAGCCUACUGACAGCGGUGGAAAACUGGCUAGCAAAUACAAUGGAAUUCUGCAUAAAUCGGGCAAGUUGUUAUUGCCAGUAUAUAUAUGA